ACGGCACUUUUGUCUGCUUAAAAACCUGCUACAUUUGGAAACUGAAAUUACUAAAAUUACUAAUUCGAGUAGUCUCCCAGAUCAAAAACCGAGAAGAGAGAGGGAGGAGAUAUCAGACGGAGAUGGGUUGGAGAGGGAUAUUAGGGUUUGAAUAUGGGAUCGUACAAGCACCACUAGGACCAGAUAUUUCAGGUCCUCAACUUGUUGCUGCUGUUGCUAAUGCUGGUGCCAUUGGUUUAUUAAGAGCCCCUGACUGGGAGUGUCCGGAUUAUGUCAGGGAACUGAUAAGAAAGACAAGAACCUUUACUGAUAAACCAUUUGGAAUCGGUGUGGUUUUAGUGUUCCCACAUGAGGCAAAUAUAAAGGCUAUCCUAGAUGAAAAAGUUGCGUUGCUUCAAGUUUAUUGGGGUGAAUUCCCCAAGGAGCUUGUAGAUGAAGCUCACAAAGCAGGGGUCAAGGUGGUUCACCAAAUUGGAAGUGUAAAAGAUGCCGAGAAAGCCAUCAGUGCUGGUGUAGAUGGUAUUAUUGUCCAAGGACACGAAGCGGGUGGACAUGUCAUUGGGAAGGAUGGACUGAUUACACUUUUGCCAAGAGUAGUUGAUCUUGUUGGAGAGCGAAAUAUACCUGUCAUUGCUGCAGGGGGUAUUGUAAAUGGUCGCGGCUACGUUGCUGCUUUAGCCCUAGGUGCUCAGGGUGUCUGCCUAGGCACUAGGUUUCUAGCUACUGAGGAGAGCUUUGCUCAUCCAGCUUACAAAAGGAAUUUAAUUGAAUUAAAUGAUACCGAGUACACAGACAUGUUCGGCCGUGCAAGAUGGCCUGGUGCGGCACACCGUGUUCUCCGAACUCUAUUCUUUAAGGAUUCAAAGCUUAUUGCGGAUCAUGAAAAUGAGGUCAACCAACCAGUCAUUGGCCAUUCUGCAAUACAUGGCAUAGAUAAAGAGGUACGCCGUUAUGCUGGCACAGUUCCAAACAUGACGACCACAGGUGACAUUGAGAGCAUGGUGAUGUAUGCUGGUCAAGGAGUUGGCCUCAUCAAGGAAAUUUUACCAGCUCAUGAAGUGGUAAAGAGGUUAGUCGAAGAAGCUAAAUUUUUUAUACGUCAAGAAUUUCAAGGAGAACAAUAAGCUCUCUGAUUGAAGUCAAUCAUUAGUUUAAGUGAACUAUAGCUAAUGAAGUGGAAACCUGUAAUAAAUGAAUUAGCUUAGUGGGCGUACUGUGUAUUAAUAGUGUAAUAAUAUCGUGUUUUAUGCAACAGAUGUUCUGUACAUUUUCAUAAAUCCACUUGAAAAAUGUUCAGAAUAA